AGCCUCGUGGCCGAGUCAAAGUGUCUCUCGGCGCGGUUCGCGGGUAUCGCGCGUGGCGCCACGUCCGGAACCACGGCACCCCCGCGGGGAGCGAAAACAAACAGAGAGGGUAAAUUAAGGGAGUUCACGGCCCGAGAAUGACUCAUCCUAACGUGUGCCUAGCGAUGAUUCCGACCCAGUUUCCCCUCGUGGACGUGGGGCUCCUCUUUCCUUGUUCGUUUUAAUUUUCCUCAUUUGCGGUUCGUCAUGGACGUGGGAGUUUUACGGGGGUGGUGAAGAGUUUUGACCGAGGGUCUCCGGUGUUCGUCGGCGUGGAGUUGAUGGUCCUCCGGGACGUGUGAUUAAGUGCAGGAGCUCAAUUUUUGGAACGGAUACGGAUUGGGACACGAAUACCUUGUAGGGGGAGACAAAUAUAAAAGUGCGCGAAGUUGCAAAAAUGAGGGGACGACUGUGAAGUGUUGUUUCGGCCAGAACAAGAAAAAUCCCGAUUUUGACGUCUCAUUCCCAUUCAGACGUACCACAAAAUGACAUGAAUGAUGUCCAUACAUUUUUCUCAAACUAACCGUUAAGAUUCUCCAUUUAAAAUAAAGAGUUCAUUCGCCCUUUUAUGAUAAUUUUGAAUCACGUCAACUUCUGAACGUCAUCACGUCAUCUUCCCAAGCUUUCAGAUGUGUGAUCAAGGUGCUGUAAAUACGUUUAUUUAGGCGCAAUCAUCACAUUUACAAUCGAAGCUCAACGUCACGUCACCAUUUCCAAUGAAUUUUGAAAUCUCUUUGAGAUUUAGAGGACAGCAAAAUAAAGAAAAUGGGUAAAAAAUAUCCAUAUUCCUGUAUGGCUCGAAUAUCCAAGAAAGAAGAAAGCUAUUUACUUAAGCCUUUUGGGAUGUAAUUUAAAUGUUUAAAAUAGGACAUAAAAACCUCAAAUCAUCUGUUCCUCAUUUUCCUGGAGCAUGUAGUCGAUAUUUCGCGCACCUUAGACACUUAAUGCUGCCAUUUUGCAAUAUAAACCCGGCGCAAUCGCAUUAAGCCAUAGAUAGUGCUCGGCUGGUAAUCAAUACCUCGAAAAAUCGUAUCUUUUACUCUGCAAAGGUGACGCCUUUCUAGCGCUAAGGGCGCCCUUCCACCCCAAGCAGUGUAAUGUAUUUUGACGCCUCUUCAUCUCGCGACCAUACCAAUGACUUUCUUCUUUUCUAGCACUAAGGGCGCCGUUCCAUUCCAGGCAGGGUAAUGUAUUUUGACGCCUCUUCAUAUCGCGACCAAACUAAUGACUUUCUUCUUCUCUCGCGAUAAGGGCGCCGUUCCAUCCCAGGCAGUGUAAUGUAUUUUGACGCCUCUUCAUCUCGCGACCAAACCAAUGACUUUCUUCGUCUUCGUCAUGAGCAAACGCCCAAAAUUUCCGAGGCCCGGCGCCUCAUUUCCCGACGCCCUCCCGGCAUCGAGGGGCGCCCCUUCGUGAGGAUGUGCGGGCAGCGUGCGUGAUGGUGGGCGUCUGCAGCUCGCUCAACCUGAGCGAGGACAACGCGCGGAUCCUGCUGUUGGGCGUCGUGCUCCUGUUGUACAUGUUCGGGGGCGCCAUGCUCUUCCACCAGACCGAGUCGGAGGCCGAGGCGGAGAUAGCCCGCCGCUACUGGGCCCUCUACCACGAGUUCCGGGCCCACCUCGUCAACGCGUCUGUGAGUCCCACGCGGCUGGACCAGCUUCUCUACGAGUACGGGAACGCCACCGCCCUCGGGGUCAUCAAUAAACGGACCCGAUGGGAUAUCUCCGGCAGCCUCCAUUUUGUCUUCACCCUCGUCUCCACCAUUGGAUGGGGUGGGACGGUCCCCCUGACGACGGCCGGGCGGGUGCUGGUGAUCUUGUACGGGUUCCUGGCCUGCUCCGGCGGUAUCCUCUUCUUCAACCUCUUCCUGGAGCGGGUCAUCACGUUGCUGGCCUACAUCUUGCGGCUCCUCUACAUCCGCGACCUUCGCAAGCGGAAGGGCACCGAGAUCCACGACAUGGACAUCCACCAGGACCUCGAGGAGUGGAAGCCCUCCGUCUAUUGGGUUCUCGUCUGUCUCGCCACCAUGUCCGCCGUAGUCGGCUCCUUCGGCGGCUGGCUCUACUCCACGCAAGAGAACUGGUCCUACUUCGAGGCUGUCUACUAUUGCUUCGUCUCCUUCUCUACGAUAGGGUUAGGAGAUUAUGUCUCCGGAGAGGGACAUGCAAACGAGCCACUGUACAGUGUUUUAAGCUUCAUUGUUAUCAGCCUCGGCAGCUGUUGCACCUACUCACUUUUUAACGUGUUGAGUAUCAUCAUAAAGCAGUUCUUAAACUGGCUGAUUUGGCACUUGGACUGCCACUGCUUUGAUCGAGAGACAGACAAAGGAGACCGAAUGCUUCGACGUCAUUCCAUCAGGUUCCAGCGGGAGCAGCGAGAACGACGUCGACGCUCGAGCCUGACGGUGCCGAAGACGAUCCGGCGAACACGGAAGGGCGGCGCGGGAGGGGCUCCAAGCUCCAUCUCGAACAACAACGAGGAGGGCGACGACGUGGACUCGGACUCGGGGGGCGGCGAACCGGGGCGGCGGCUCUCCGGGGAGAUGAUCUCGAUGAAGGGCCUCGUCUGCGGGAACAAGGUGAACCUGGCCGUCAUGCAGAAGCAGCUCUACGAGACGGCCCAGAUGUCCCGCGGCGGGGGCGGCUACGACCGGAGCACCCACUUCGGCCCCGGCACCGUCGGCCCCCUCGCCAUCGUCUCGCACAAGUUCGGCGAGAAGUAGGGUGGACACCGUAUUUUGUUCGAGGAUCAAAAGUCCAUCUCCGUUAUCACACCCACCGACUUCGAUUUCACUACUUGAGCCUCAAGAUUAAUGCUUCUGUAAUAGAGCACCUAUAUGGGGAGAGUACCAGCAGCCUGAUUGUUGAAAUCUUGUGUUAGUCGGGUAGACAUAGAUGACAUAGGUUAAAAAGGCGGAGCGUGAUUGGUCGGCUAUACCUUAUCGCUGCUUUGUCGCGCCUAUGUCAGGAGGAACUCACGACAACCUGAAGGCACCAGCGGGCCGAUUAUUGAAAUUGAUAGACAAAGCUAUAGACAAAGGAGACAAGAGAGACAUGGAGAGAUCCUAUUGGCGGAAACGGGUGGUUGCCAUGGAAAAAGUAGGUGGGUAAUAGACUCACUACCGGCAACCCACGAGAGACCCGACAGUUAGUCUAUCAUUUUCUCCCUUUGUCCAUAGAAACCACCCGUUUUAACCGAUAGGAUCGCUCCAUACUCACUAUGUCUUCUUUGUCUAUAGCUUUGUCCAUCAAUUUCAGUAAUCAGUCCGCUGUUAAGUUUCCGACCGUAUGUCGACCAUUCCUCCUGAUAAAGGCACGAUAAAGCAGCAAUAAGACAUAGCCGAUAAUUCUUGCUUCGCCUUUUAACCCUAUGUCAUCUAUGUCUACCCGACAAACAUAAAAUUUCAACAAUCAAGCUGCAGACUGUCGUGCUAAGGAAGAGCGUCGUAUGAGC